GAAAAACGGGAGGCAUAAUAUUAGUAACCUUCCUGGCAUCCUCGGGCGUCUCCCAGUGCUGCAUUCCCUGACUACCACCACCACUAUCACUUCAGUGCAAGCACAAAACGUUGCCUUGUAAGCAUGUGCUCCGAUCAUCAACUACCUACAAUACGCUUGCAUUAGCGAUUGAGAAGAAAAAAAGAUCACGGGAAUUUCUCAGUAAUUGUUCCAGAAUGUGACGCGUAACUGGAGAAGUGAAAUGUGAAGGAACUGCCACUGUAAAAAAAAAAAAAAUAAUAAUAAAUAAAUAAUAAUAAAAAAAAAUAAAAUAAAUAAAUAAAAAAAAAGCGCCGCAUGGAGGUUUUCAUCAAAGCAUGCACGUGUGCUGGCCAAGUGUAACAAAGGCGUCUGUAUUCUAAACACUGACGCGGCAUCUUAUAUACACGACUUACUUCCACGUCAGCAAAUUUUACUGCCUGAUACUUAAAAUGUCCCGCCGUGUCCCAGCGGCUCCCUUUCUUAGUGGGAUUGCCUUCAUGUGGUUCCUCUUCAUGUUUCUGUCCAAGAAUCACAACUUUGAUAAACAUUCUAUGAAGACAUUAAACAGAUCUGAAGUAAUUCCCCAACCCCUGACCGAAGGGAGCCCUUCUUUGGUGUCCCCGAUGGUUAUUGUUGUCUGUGACUCUGUAGGAGAUAAAGGAGAUAUCAGACUGCUCAGCAUCUCAAAGAACGAAACAGAUGAUCCAGACUUCGUAAAGCGAGUACAGGAGUCGUGGUCAAGGCAGGCCGAGCAGCUCACUACCAUGCUAAAAACCUUACUUUACUUUACAAAGUCUCCACUGUGGCGCAUCAUUGUAAUGACCGAUACUCGUGACACCUUCAACAAAGUGCUCAACCUCACCACCGUCUUUCCCGGCAGCCGCCUCCUCCUGCAGCACCGGCCCAUCUGGCUGCCGCGGGACGAGCCCGUCAUCAAGGGACACUGGCGGCCGUGUGCGUGGGCCAAACAAUUCAUGGCGGAGGCGCUUCCUGACCAAGACUCGGCAGUGUACGUGGACACGGACGUGUUGUUUCUGGGCCCUGCCGAAGAGCUGUGGUGGCUGCUACACUCCAUGGGUCCCCGCCAAGCCCUGGCCCUGGCCCCCGAACCUCAGUACCUACUCGACACUCCCAAGCGACCCUUCGCAGGCAGCGUGGGACUCAACACGGGCGUUAUGGUGGCUAACCUGACACGUCUGCGCCAACUGCCUGGAGGAGGCUUGGGCAGCGCCAUACUAAACUCUGGUGCCAUUACACCGCCCCCUCGCCACGACCAGGACGCCCUCAACCAUUAUCUCCUACACAGACCUCACCUUCUGCUGGAGGUGACGUCACGCUGGAACUUUUCGCCCACCUGCUGCUUCCUCGAGGCGCCGCCAUGUGCAGACUGCCUCUCAGCUGGCAUCCUCGUUCUGCAUGGUGCAGGCACAUCCUUCUUCAGAUUCAUAGACAGGAAGUUUCUGGUGAUGUACACAAACCUGUCACGAUUACGGUUGGGGGACGACCCACGGUUAUUGCUAACGAAGGUGGAGGGUCAUCUUUCCCUGGCUGAUUACUGGGCGCACAUCUUCCCCUGCAGCAACCACUCUGGGCUGAAUCACGCCCUCACGCUCCGCCUAGCCGAUGCAGCCAUGGCCACCACCCUCAAGCUGCCUCCGUCGGCCUGACCAGAUCCUCCUCACCUCUGUUCUAAACGUCAUGGCCAUCAGGGCACAAUCUUAUAUCAUGGUCAAGUAGAGGACUUUAGUGAACUUGCUUUCUAUAAAUUUUACGAUAUCUCUGUUACGAGGAUCAAAUGUUCUUGUCGAGGUUUUUCUCUCAUACUAACCUUUGCUUUUAAUGUAUUACUGUUUAACACACCACCCAGUCUUAUGGGAUUCUUGUAAUUUAAAAUGUCUAAUAGUGAUUUUUUUUUUUCAUUCCUACAAAGGAAGAUGAAGUAGGACACGAUAAUAUUAUCAUUGGGGAACAUAAAAGCGUUGCUAUGGGAAAACCAGGUGACCAAGAGCUAAGUAUAUGCAAUAUUUCUUUUUCGCACAUAUCAAUAAACCCUAUUUGAAAC